ACCCUGGCCCCAAACAAAUCCGGCGACCGUAGCGCGCUCCCGACAGAAUGCGCGGCCGCCACCUCCUAAGCCCCCUCCCUCUCAUCCUCACCCCUAAACCCCCCUCCCGUCCCCUCGCCGUCCGCGCUCGUGCCCACGACCACGCGCCCGCUUCCGCGCCGCGCCGCGCCCCGCUGGCCGAGCCCGACGUCGGCAUCUCCCGCUUCGCCUCCUCCAUCCCAGGCUUCCGCGGCGCACUCAAGCAGCGCUACUCCGACUUCAUCGUCCACGAGGUUGCCCGCAACGGUGCCCUCGUCCGCCUCACCCGCUUCGGUCUCCCCGACGACGGCGAGAGUGAAGAUAAUGUGGAGGAAGGGGACGCUGACGCGGACCACUCGCGGGCGCUGGAGUCGUUCCGGCUGCUCUGCGGUGACGCAGAUCGCGACGCGUUGAGGGGAUUUCUGGAGAGUGUCGCGGAAGGAGGAGAUGGGGAUGUGUCGCCGAUCAUUCUCUCCGCCGAUGCCGAUAAGGCUCAUCGCUCGGAAGUGCACGACUUCUUCAAGAGGAACUUCAAGUUUUUUAUCACGGAUACAGUUGAGCACAGCGAUGGGAUUCAGAAGUGUAUUAGGGUGCGCCUGGGGUCAGGACCACGCGGUGGGAGGGGAAGGAAUAGAAAGGGCGUGGACGGUUCAGUUUGGAGAGAUGACAGGCCGUUUGAUAGUAGAGGCUCUAUAACCUGGCCUUAUCACCUGGGGAAGUUCCUAAGGUUUCACCUUUACAAGGAGAACAAGGACACACAAGAGGCAUUAGGAGUUAUAGGAAAGAUGCUAGGGGUUCAGCCGAGGUCAUUUGGGUUUGCAGGGACAAAGGAUAAACGUGCUGUUACAACCCAACAGGUGACACUUUUCAAAGUACAUGCCAGUAGGUUGGCUGCUCUCAAUAGCAAACUCGUAGGUAUCAGAGUUGGAGACUUUAGCUACACAAAGGAGGGCCUUGCUCUUGGUCAACUCAGGGGGAAUCGUUUUGCAAUUACUUUGAGGAAUGUUGUUGCAGGAUCGAACGAUGUGAUAAAGGCUGCUGUUGAUGGCCUUAAUAAAAAUGGAUUUAUCAAUUACUAUGGUUUACAGCGCUUUGGUAGUGGUUCAAUACCUACUCACCUUGUUGGUGCUGCUUUGCUUAGAGGAGAGUGGAGACAUGCUGUUAGCUUGAUUCUUGGUAGAAAGGAACAUUAUAAGGGACAUGGUGAUAUUGAUGCAGCACUUAGGGGCAUCCCUCGACAUCUCAUAGUGGAGAGAGCUAUUCUUCAGCGUUUGAAGAAGUAUCCCGGCAACUAUCUACAAGCACUAAUGGCUAUACCCAGAACAUUGAGACUGCUGUAUGUGCAUAGUUACCAGAGUUACCUAUGGAACCAUGCUGCAAGUAUGAGAGUUGAAAAGUAUGGUAUUUCACAAGUUGUAGAAGGUGACUUGGUUUACAAAAAGGGGUGCCCUCUUGGAGAAGCAACUGCGAUAGAUACUUCAGAUGAUGAUGAUGAUGGCCAUACUAAUUCAUCUGAAAUGGAAAUAUCUUGUGAAACACUUCCUGAAGAAGUGAUCCAGUCUGUGAAGAUAGCUGAUUCUAAAGAUCUAUUGAAGGCAGUCUACACAUUUGAAGAUGUUCUCCUCCCUUUGCCUGGUUCAGAAACAUUAUUUCCUGGGAAUGAAGUUGCUGAGAUUUAUCAUGAAAUAGCCAAAAAGGAUGGCAUCAGCCUGAUAGAGAGCGUCCAUGGGGUCAAGGACUUCUCGAUUACAAGCAUGAAAGGAGGCUACCGUCGGGUACUCGAACGGCCUAUUGAUUUUGAAUGGGACCUGAUGACUUACACAGACGACAAUGGACCUUUAGUAGAAACUGAUUUAGAUGUUCCAUCCAAAACCCAGCCAUCAGAAGCAAACGAGCUGUUAUCUGAUUGGACUUGCAGUUGCCCAUCGCGUGGUUCUGAGUUUGAUGCUUUAUUGGACACCUCUGGAUCAACCAGUGAAGCUAUCUCAGAAGAAACCAAAUCUAUUGGCAUCUCAGAUUUGUUACCAGAGAAGCUAGCUGUAAAAUUAGAAUUUACUCUACCAGCAUCAUCUUAUGCUACAAUGGCCAUCAGGGAGUUGACGAAGACUUCAACUUCGGUUGCUUGCCAGAAAACAUUAAACUGCUGAACCUUUCGGUAAGAUGCAUUCUUCAUGAAAGCCGAUCUCCAUUGUGACCAAGACACAUGUAGGUUUAACAGACUUUGUUUUGGGGCAUUUCAGGAUUUGCCACUUUUAACAUCGAGUGGCAGGCAAUUUGCUACCCGGUCCAGUUUCAUAGACUCAGGAUGGCCCGUAUGUCAACCUCAGCGGAAAAUUUGCACCUGUUAAGGGUGGCAAAUCUAGAAAUUACCCUGGCGGUUGCAGCAAGAACUUUCGACUUCACAUUCUGUCCUGGAUUCUACAGCUUGGAGGAUUUCUCUUGCUGUGGAUAGCUUGGGAAACGACAGUUGCGCGUGCGACAUCCAAGCUGAACAAAGUUUCUGAAACUGAAAGAAGGCCGCGCCGAAGGACACCCCGUAGUGACUGAAGUCGUUUCCGGCAGUUUCAGGCCCGGUGCACGCGUCGUUUGCGGCUCGAGGCUCGAGACUGAUGCGCCGUGUCUCCCACAGCCUUGGGCCUAGCACAAAUUGUGGGGACAUCGAUGUCAUUGCUGUGCAGCCGCCGUGGCCGUGCUCAGGUUCUUGACUACUCGUUUGGCAAUCAUCCUUGACCUCAUUGCUUAGCUUAGCUUAGCUUAGCUUACUGCUGAUAUCCUCCGUGGAACACAACAUAGUUUGUGAAUCGGUGAAAAUUCGAACCCGGUGCUCCAAAAUGAACGUAAAAUACAGCCCGUUGGUGACCUGUGCUAUC